UAAUUUAUCAUACGCGAAUCCGAAAACAUGUGUUCCUUUCACAUGACCUGUUACUACUAAAUUUCUUGUUCUUCAACCCAAAGUUUUGUUCCUUUUUCUUCCACCACACAAAAUUUUCGGAAAUUUCAAUCCUAAAAAGUAACUUAUUUUUCUUCUAUUCUCUCUCUCUCUCUGCUGUGUUGUGUACUUAUAAACCGUUGAAGAGAAGCUCAGAAAAGUGACUCGUGUUUGUUGAGAAUUGUGACACAGAAACUAAUGGGUAACUGUCUUGAUUCUUCUGCUAAAGUUGAUGCAGCUCAAAGUUCUAGAUCCACUUCUGGAAUUUCGAAAACUACUCCUUCUAGUUUAACAAUUCCAUCAUACAGUGACAAAAGCAAUUCCUCUAGUCUUCUUCCAACACCGAGGUCUGAGGGGGAAAUCUUGUCUUCUCCUAAUCUUAAAGCUUUUUCAUUCAAUGAGCUAAAGAAUGCUACGAGGAAUUUUCGUCCCGAUAGUCUUCUGGGUGAAGGAGGAUUCGGUCAUGUUUAUAAGGGAUGGAUAGAUGAACAGACUUAUACGGCUGCGAAACCUGGAUCGGGUAUGGUUGUUGCUGUGAAAAGACUUAAGCCGGAAGGUUUUCAAGGUCAUAAAGAAUGGUUGACUGAGGUUAACUAUUUAGGACAACUGCAUCAUCCUAAUCUGGUUAAAUUAAUUGGAUACUGCUUGGAGGGAGACAACAGGCUUUUGGUAUAUGAGUUUAUGCCUAAAGGGAGCUUAGAAAACCAUUUGUUUAGAAGAGGACCACAACCACUGUCUUGGCCGGUGAGAAUGAAAGUGGCUAUUGGUGCUGCAAGAGGACUCUCUUUUCUUCACAAUGCCAAAUCACAAGUUAUAUACCGCGAUUUCAAAGCUUCUAACAUCCUUUUGGACGCGGAGUUUAAUUCGAAACUAUCCGAUUUUGGCUUGGCUAAAGCGGGUCCUACCGGUGAUAGAACUCAUGUGUCUACUCAAGUUGUGGGUACUCAAGGAUAUGCAGCACCUGAAUAUGUUGCAACUGGUCGGCUGACGGCUAAGAGUGAUGUAUACAGCUUUGGAGUUGUUUUGCUCGAACUUCUAUCAGGAAGACGCGCGGUGGACAAAACAAUAGCCGGCGUGGACCAGAAUCUAGUAGACUGGGCAAAACCAUAUUUAGGCGAUAAGCGAAGACUAUUCCGAAUCAUGGAUUCAAAAUUAGAAGGCCAAUAUCCGCAAAAAGGAGCAUUCAUGGCUGCUACACUUGCUCUACAAUGCCUUAACAGAGAAGCUAAAGCAAGGCCUCCAAUGAUAGAUGUUUUAGCAACUCUUGAACAGAUAGAAGCUCCUAAACAAGCAGCCCGGAUUUCACUAUCCGAACAGCAAAGAGUUCAUGCUCCGGUGAGAAGGUCUCCUGCGCGAAACCGAACACCUUUAAAUGUAACUCCUACUGCAUCGCCACUGCCAUCUGUUCGGCAAUCUCCUCGCGCGCAUUAGUUGCCGCAUGAGGAAUGUUCUGUAUGUAAAUUUGUUAUUUUUAGAGGUUGUGUUUUUGACAAGCAUGUUUUGUGAGCUGUGGCAUAUCUUUUCAAUUUGCGCCUACAUCAUAAACACAUCAUUAUAUACCAAUCCAACCACAAAUCAUCAUUCCAUAAUUUUUUCAA